AUGACAUUGAAGAGGAACGACCGGAGGAAUAUGAUAGAGCCACUGGGAUUCGACGAGUUUCUGGAGAUGACCACGUGUUUUCAUGAGUGGCAGGCCGGCAUUUGUGAGGCCACCGAAUACGACGGCAACCUCGGCGACCCGACCUUCUCAAUGUUCUACUCAAUUGCGUUCUUCUUUGAAGUUCCUUCGUUUGUGCUGAAAGUGACAGAAAUGACAUGUUUCCUGGUGUGGGACGAUGAAAUGAAGAAAUUAGACGAGAAGGCGUUGGCCGACGUGAGUCUCAAAAUGACAGCGUGCGAGUCGGAAGUGGAUUUACAGCAUCCGCUAUUGAACCCUGCGUUGAUCUACCUAAAUGACUGUACAUGCAACACAAUCCGAUGCAUCCUCCAACCGUAUUCCACGGAGCCAUUCUUCCCGCCCGUCUCCCCGUCCCGCCUAAAAUCGAUCAAUAUUUCUCUGAAACUGAUCGCCGACAUCUGUGUACUCGACGUAUGGGACGAAUUCGAGAAUCUUCUGAAUCCAUCGAAUUUUUUGUCUUCUGAGCUCAAGAAACUUCUGGAAUCGAGUGUCGGGCGGUACGCGGAGACCCUCAGAAAGAUGGAAUUCCACGAGUUGUGUCGACAGAUUCAGACGCUUUGGAUGACGUUGAGCAAUGAGAGUCAACCGUAUUAUAUAUUCUUUCAUCAGUUUGAUAUCAAUUAUAUCGGUGCAGCGAUGAUUAAAUUGGAUGAGGAGCUCGCCGUCACAAUCCGGUCCUCCCUGCAACUCCAACUCUCCCAAAUCAAUCUCCGCAACCCGACGGACCUCGAAAACUUCACAAAGACCACAAUGCGUCUAUUUGUAACCCUCCGGAACCUUCUAAACAUGGUCGAGACGUUUCAUUUGCCUGAAUGUCAACUCUUCCAUUUCGAGGAGUGGUUCCAAGAUAUCAGUGUCUUCUGGACGUACUCCUGGCGGGAAGUCACUCAACAGAUGGUUGAGAGGACUAUCACCCUGGAUGAAGACGGCGAUUCUGUGAAGUACGGUGCAAGGAGACCCCUCCCGGCCGGCUUAUACUCGUUCUUAUGUAUUCAGAAAGGUAUAUCCGAUGACAUGUCCCGGCUGGAAUUCACUCUACCUCAUCAUCUAGUGAUAUGCUCCGCUUCGGUGGUUAAUAUAAUGUGCCAAAACAUCCACACCUACGCGCGGAAGCUUUUCAGCGAGGCGAUGCGUCCGCACAUCGAAAAGUCGUCUCGUCUAGUUCGGGCGACGAAUGGAAUCGAGCAAGCGAUGUGUUUCGUCGAGGAGGGCUACAGGCGGUUUGCUCAAUUUCAGAGAUUAGAGGAGUUCGUCGACGCCGAGGAUCUCUCCGCAGUGCGCACAACUUCCACACGUCUUCUGAAGUCUACACGCGAAACGUGUGAAUCCCAAAUAUCGAUUUUGUUAUCUCAUUUUGUUACCCUUAAAAUCGAUAUCGUCACUCGAAUCGCCAAAAAUCUGUGUGCCGACGGAAAGGAGUCGAAUAAGGGAUUGAAAUCCUACAUGCGUGAAGUGACGUCAUCUGAACGAAUCGAGAGCAUUCUGGAGUGUUGCUAUGGAUUGGUUGAUGACGUCAGAUGUCUCCUCCUACCAAACUGCUUCAAAUUGUCCACACAACACUUCGCCGCAUCUUUGGAGACUCAGAUUCGAAAAAAUAUUCGACAGAGGCAGCCGGCCGAGUACUACAGUAAUAUUUAUAUCGCUCUAAAAUACAUUUACGAAUUCUUGGAAAUUGAUGACCGAAAGGAUAUUGAACUCCUCUCGGACCUCCAUCUCAACAGUUUCUCCACAAAAGACCUCAUCCUCUCCUAUUACGAUUCCCUUUGCGAGAAAAUCGAUCGAACGAGAUUCGGGAACGCCCCUCAUGUGGAUGUACAUAUUUCUUAUGUCAAAAUGGAAGAAGACGAUAUGAUAUCGAUACAGAUUAAGUUAGUAAAAAUGUCGCCAAUCGAGUGGAUCGACGUGCUCUCCGACCGUGUCGACUAUUUCGUCCGUCUGGAACUUUUCCCGAAAAUUCUUUUUCCAUCGAACAAAUUCGAUUCGCCGACCACGAAUCCGAUGCCACAAUCGACACGUCCCCAGUGGAAACAGUUGUUUGAAAUCCACGUCCCACUGGAAUGCUUCUUCCUACGCGGCGCGUGUCUCGCAAUUUCAGUUUUUGACCAUGAGAGAUUCAUAGACCGUCUAGUGGGGCGUGGCUUCAUAAGUCUCCAUUCGGUGCCUCAGGCUUCUGAAGAGAAGCCAACGCAGAGGCUCCAAGUGCCUCUCUUGCCGAAUGACUACUCGGAUCAGAAUAAUGUGUUUUAUCAGCUCCUAAAAAACCGUGCCGGACGAGACGCCGUCGCCAAAGAGUUCAUCGAGACACGCACACGACGUCAUCAGAGAAUCCGAGCCCUCCAACAUUAUAUUAGGAGGAAUAGGAAUCGUGUGGGACACAUGUUGUUGGGGUGA